ACACAGACUAACCAGACAAUUCACUCUGCCGUUUUUAGGCACGGCGUUUCGUUGACCUUGAGUUUCACUAUGAACUACUGUAGUAAAAAAUGACAAAGAUAACCGAACUUCCCACUCUUUCUAAAAGGUUCAAAACGCAUGUGAUUUGUCAGAUUAACCCAUUCUAAUUUUUGAAUUCACCCGACUGCUUAUAUUCAACUCCUAUUCUCUUUGAAUAUUGAAUACCAAGCAAAAUUCAUCAAAGUAUUCAAAAUACCUGUUUUUUUUUUAAACAUUAAAUAUAUUUCUUUGAAUUAAAACAACAAAGGAACUAAAUAUUUUAUUAUUUAUAAUAUAUUUGGAAUGAGUGAAUAUGGAAGCCGGUCAAGGUAAAAAAAGUACGAAGUGUUCUGUUAAAAAUUGUAAUAGUGCAAGAUAUCAAGGGAUUUCUACGAAUUCCAUAAGAUUCUUCAGAUUUCCUAAUCCAGUUUAUAAGGACCGAGUGAUGCAAUAGAAAUUGGCUUGUAGUGAUGACAUAAUAAUGAACAAAGAUGCAAUGCUGUUAUAUUCAAAUAACAGAAUAUGCAGUAUCCACUUUGAUGCCAACCUAAUGACAAAUCACCGUUUAUCGAAAAAUGCAAUUCCAACAUUGAAUCUGUUCCGAAAACCAAGAGGAAUAGUUGUUCAAACCCAAACAGAAGAUAAAAUGGGAACCGAAGGAAAACGAGUUGCACAUAUAGAAACUCAAACAACCAAAGAAUUAUCUCACCAAACACCAAGAAAAAGAAAGUUGAGGCAUCUAAUUGAGUCAGAGGAAAAUGAAAUUAAAAGAAUGAAAUUCAAGACAUUCAACCUCGAACAGUCUAUUCAGGAAAUAGAUCCCUAUAAGACACAACUAUCUAAAGACAAAUUCAAAAAGGCUUGUGAUAUUCAUCUGCCAAAUAGUUUUGGAAAUAUAGCCAAAAUAAUCAGUGAUCUCAAUGAUAAAAAUCUAAAAGGAAGAAGAUAUACCAAGGAAUUUAAACAGCAUGCCCUUUCAUUAUAUUAUUCCGGGCCUAAAAUUUAUAAAAGAAUGGUUGCCAUAUAUAAUUUUCCAUCAGUAUCUACAUUGAGAAGAAUGACAGAGAAUAUUCAGAAAGGAACUGGUUUAAAUGAUUUUAUAUUCAGAAGUCUCAAAUGGCGACUAAAAGGUAAAAGCAAAGAAGACAGGAUGUGUGCUUUGUCAAUGGAUGAAGUAUCGAUCAAAGCAAAUUUGCAAUAUGAUACAAAAAAUGAUGAAAUUGUGGGUUUCCACAAUAUUGGUUAGCAUUAAGAGCUGAAUUUUUUCAUUUGCUGAAUACUUGAUAUAUAUAGAAAAAGUUUUUACAAAACCUUUUUAUUUCAGGCAAAGAGAAAAAAUAUAUCCCAGCAAAAAAUGCCUUAGUAUUGAUGGCAAGAGGAAUAAACGAUAAUUGGAAGCAGCCAUUAGGAUAUUAUUUUUUGAAUACAUCCUGUAGUCCAACAGACCUGAGUGGAAUUAUUGGAGAUUGCAUCGACAAAAUGGUUGAAAUAGGACUUGAUGCAAGAGUCCUAGUGUCUGAUUUGGGCUCUAACUUUGUUGCAUUUUCAAAAAAUUUAGGUGUAACUGAUAAAUGUACUAAAUUUGAUAUGAAUGGAAAGGAAUUGUAUAAAAUAAAAAAAAGCAAAUAAACAGGAUUCAUUCAUUAGUGUUGUAUUUCUUAGCAUAUUUAAUGAUUUUUUUUUGACAAAUAUUUCUUUCGAAAACAUACAUAACACAUUCAGGCUCAUCGAAUUUUUCAAUCAAUAUCUAAAUGCACAACAGAUCAACAACUAGAUACUAAACAAAACAACAUAUAUUAAAAAUCAAUUUCUAUUCGAUACUGAUUCAAAUUGGUAUAGAUUUUCAUUGAGCCUGCUACUAGCUCUGAUGAGGAACACUGCACAAUUGAUAAUUAAUUUGAAAUGUUGCAAUCAAAUCAAUGAUAGAGAUUGCAAUAUAUCUAAUGAAAACUAAUAUGGAUUCCUCAUAAUUUUCAGAAAUGAAAAGCACAUACUUAAAAUUUCAUUUUAGACACUUUCAAAAAACAAGAGUAUUUCUGAGAGCUUUAAAAAGGUACACCUCAAGAAUUAAAAAUUACACCACACUUCUAACAAUACACUAAAAUAACUGAGUGUGAAAGUAUGUAUCAAAAAUGAAAUUCCUUGGAAU